AUGCAGGCAGUGGGAAGGUGUCAGAGUGUGCUCAGUGCAGUCUUAAAGCCACCCAGCGUCACGGGGGCCCCUCCCGAACGGGGAAGCUGGGGAGACGGGGAAAGCUCCGAUUCUGCUGUCACUCUCGUAGCCAAAAGUGUGGGCUACGGGGAGUCGGAUGCGUGCAAACCCCCCUCUGUCUGUCUGUCAUCGAGCAACGAACCGCACAGGUUCACAGCCAACGUAUUGGCAAGCGCAAAGCCAGUUGCCCAUGGAAAGGUGUCCGUCCUGGGAAACCCCUGUCCCCUUUGUGGUCCGGAUGCCACUGUGUCCACGGAAGUAGAAUUUGGAGAAUGCACAGUUACAUGUGGGAUCGGCAUUCGAGAAGUUCUGUUAACCAGUGGAUGCCCUGGGGCUGAAGCAAAAUGUAUUAUCCGUGUGGAGGAAUGCCAGGGGCCAGUAGAUUGUGGAUGGGGAAUACCAAUUGGUGAUGAGGGCCUUGCCUGCGUGAAGAUGCCUUGCAUUUAUAUACCUCCUGAAAAUCGAUUUAAAUAUAUUUGGAAGAUGUUAACUCCAAACAAGACAGUGCACAUUCUUCCCAAUGAUUCAGCUGUUAUGGAAGUUUGCAGGGAAACCUAUUUGGUUACUUUCCAGUGUGAAACUCAAGAAAAUGGAAAUGUAGUUGCCGCUGUGAGAUAUGCAGUCUACGCAAGAACUGCAAUGCAAACAAAAAAACCAAGGAGAAUAGAAACAGAGCAAUCGAGGAGAAUGACAACAGAUGCCAUUCUGAUCUUUUGCCUGGCAACUGGAAUAAUUGUGACUGUUGGUGUGAUCUUUGCCAUGAUCUUUAUAAUUCUUCACUGGAGUGUUGUAAAAUCUAUUUGGGAAUCAGAAUCUGGGCAAGACAACCAAGACAAGAAGCUGACCAGCAAAACAUUACUGUAUGACAUGGAAUAA